UCCCCGUUUCUGCCCCUGGAUAAGUAACUACUGUUGAUGAGGAUGAUCUUGGUAGCUCUGCUGGGGCCUCUACUGGUUCUGUCCAGCACUGGACAUACCUCAGGUGUGAUUGUCACCAGCUGUGAGGCGUGUCACGAACAGGCCGUCUGCCACACCUCGCCCAUGGCAGGUGACAUUACAUGCACCUGUAAGAAGGGCUUCUCCGGCGACGGCCUCGUCUGCUUACCUGGCCACAACACCGCCGCCGACGACCACCACGCCCCUCGCCGCGUCCGCCGCUCCAACACCAACCUUAAUCAUGUCCGGUUCAGCUGCGGCUUCAACGAGUGCGCCGACGGGGAGGACUGCAUCACGGUCAACGGCAUCCAGCAGUGCGCCAACCCCUGCAAGAUCUACACGGUCCUGAACGACGCCUGGCGCUCCACCAACAACAAUGCGAGCGACAAGCACUGCGACCGCAACGUCAACUGGGAUGGCUAUUACCGCAUGUUCAUCGGUAACCAGAGCGUGUCCAUGCCGGACAAGUGCGUGGAUUCGUUCAAGUGCGGCACCCAGGCUCCCUUGUGGCUGGCGUUCCCUCCCCCCCAGCAGGUGGAUGCGAUUGUCCAGAGUGCAGUCUGCGCCAGCUUCAAUGGGGACUGCUGCUGGGUGCAGUCUCAGCCCAUCCACGUCAAGGCCUGCCCCGGGAACUACUUUGUGUACAAGUUCGUCAUGCCGCCCGGGUGCUACUUCGCCUAUUGUGCAUAUGUGUCAGCUCUCACCACAACACCAAAACCAGUCACAACAACAGGAACACCAGUAGAGAACAAUCGCACCACAACAACAACACAGUCACAGGUUGCCACGAUGACGCCAAAAGCCAUGUGUGGUACCUGCAGAGCGGGGGAGACCUGCGUGAGCAAUGAUGGAGUCACUUGGCAGUGUGAGAGGCCAGAUCAGCCUGUUUUGCUCCGCCCAGAGGUGGUGUGUGGGCGGAGCCUGAUACAGGUGGGUCUCAACAGGACGAACCUGGAGGCCGCUGGUCUAGACGCCACCACUGCUAACCUGGCCGACCCGCGGUGCAACGUUCACGAAGAGCGUGACGGCAUGGUAUGGUACCAGGUGGAGCGCACGGAGGGCACCUGUGGAAACACUCUCGAGACAAACGGAACUGACGCCAUCUUCUCCAACAGUUUGUUCAUCUACCACAUUCACAACGUGUCCUUCACCCGACCUGUGAGCGUGCCUUUCUCCUGUGCCUAUCCUCUGGAAUCAGAGACCAGCCUGGAUGUGGCCAUCAAACCCUACCUGUCGCUGAAGGAUGCCAAAGUCGGUAAGGGCUCCAAAGUGGCCUCCAACAUGACUCUGUACCACAACGACAACUUCACAGAGGCUUACCCAACGGGCGGAGUCACCUUGCCGGUGGGUUCCGUGCUGCACGUGGGUGUGUCCGUAGAGGAGUCAGAGACUGAGCGUUUUGUGGUCGUUCUGGAGGACUGCUAUGCCACGCAAUCCCCCGACCCAGAGGACAUCAUGCGAUACUACAUCAUUCAGAACAAAUGUCCGAAUGAAUUCCGUCAGGUGAGGGUGGAGGAGAGCGGCUCGUCCCUCAGGGCUCGCUUCUCCGCUCUGCUGUUCCUCUACCAGGGAGACUACCGGGACGUCUUCUUGCACUGCAGACUCAGCCUGUGUGACCAGAGGAGCUCCUCCUGCACUCCAGUGUGCUUGAAAAGGAAAUACCGCUCUGUCACCCCCUCCGUCCCCCUCGAACCCCUCACCAUCGGACCAAUCACCUGGUCCCAAAAUGAAGAUUGAACUUCCUGAAUCCCUGUCAUGCUUCCUGUAUCCUAAAUAAACAAUGCAUCCAAUUAUCUAAAUGAUUUAUGUGAAGUUCAUAAACCUAUCUCACCUAUACAUCAUUUAUGAUAAACAAUGCCAUUUCAUAUUUCAUAUUUGACAUACAUCCAGUUAUUAGAAAUGUUCUUUUAAUGAUAUUUUUAUAUUCCUCAUAGGGCUAGAAUGAUUGGUAAAAUAUUUAUUUUGAACAAAGACAAAUUUGUUGUUGAACCUUUAACUAAGGCUUGAGGACAGAAAGUGUAUGUGCUGGACACUAAUGUUUGAUAUGUGAAAAUAAAUGGACAUAUAGUUGGGAUUAUAGCAAUACAAACAUCUCCCUUUUCUAGUUUGGA